AUGUCUCAGCCUCGCGGUACUGCGGCCUCUGGAGCUGGUGCUAAGGCCAUGUUGGAAGAUCAAUCUGAUAUCAAUAACGACUUGCAAAUCGCUGUACAAAGGGGGCUCUUAGAAAGGUACAAAAAUCGAAUUGAGAGCACACCAUCUGCCGAUGUCAAUACCCAAUUCGGGCCAAGCGCUGAGACAGCGCUGCAUAUAGCGGCCAGGCUCUCACGUCUCGAUAUCGUUAAGUCCCUCGUUGAAGCUGGUGCUGAUCUGAAGUUGAAAGAUCGUCAAGGAUAUACUGCGGGCCAUACAGCUUGUUAUUGGGGCCAUCCCGAGAUUGUUCGUUACUUUUUCAACGAUAACAAGUAUUACAAUGUAAACGAUCGGACUGAAGAUGAUAUGACAUGCCUCCACCUCGCAGUCAGCAAUGGCACAGACUUAUUGGGUUAUCGAGAUUCCGAUGGCACCGUCGAAGAGCUGCUACAAAGCGGAGCCCAGCCAAAUGACAAGAAUCGUGAGGGAUUGACUGCAUGGGAAUUAGCAAAUGAACGCAAUCUGGUCAAGGUGAUAAGUGUCUUCGCAUUGGAUGCUAGACCAGAGGUCUAUGAAUCUACUUGCAUUGAGGAAGGGGAGGAUGAUUUGCAUUGGGAUGAUGCCGAUCAACUUGCUGUCAUAGCUAUAUUUCGAAGGUUGAUGCUAAUGGGAAAGGUUUCCGAGAAAGUUUUCAUUCAAUCAUUGAAAUUACUCCGCUCCAAUUUUCUGGAGGAUAGUGGAGCGAGUCCCAUCCUGAAUCGAAGAGAGCCGUCUUGUCACUUCGAUUAUAUCAUCGCGACACAAAAGCCCAAUUUACCAGAUUUCAUAUCGCUUGUUAUCCCUUAUUUCUUUUCCGGCCAGAAAUCGUACUUCUCGCCCAAACCUCCGGAGGAUCUCAAGCUGCGUGAGCAAAACUACACAGAUUUGAUAGAUACCCUGCACUUAUUUGGCAUGGAUCCCUCGUGCGGAAUACAUCAACAACUUUCCCUGGACGAAUACUGCGUUCGAGGCCUAGAGUUCGAUUCCCUCGCAAUACGAAAUGGAGAACAGACAGUCAUCCGAUACGAGGACAAGAAACGAGGAGGGAAGAACAAAGGAGCACAAGAGGGUCGGUGCGUUGGGACAGACGUUCCUCCGCAGCGACUUAUUACGGUAGGCCAAGCAUGGUUCUACCAAAUUGACCAUUUCUCAAUUACCGCUUACGAUUCAUACGAGCGAAAUACAAAUCAGGCGAAGCUAAACGUUCUGCGAACGAUCGUACGAAAGCAAUUUAAUACGCUUUCUAUCACAAUAUCACGUCUGACUAAAGACCAUCCCAGAUUGGCCCCUUCAGCUUAUGCAGGGAUACUACUUUCGGAAUGCAUCAAUCUCAUUAAUCAUCCCGCCAUGGCAGGCUUCUCCGAGCCCGUCUUGAACGUCUUCGAAAAAGCAAUCAACAAUGUCUCAGAAGAGGUGAAGACUUACAGCAAAAGUAUGGAUUACCAUGAUUUCCAGGUUGAUAAGGAAAGGGACUUCCUGCAUGAGAUUGGUGAUAUUCGUGAAGAGCUUUCUAUGAUCAAGAAAGUGGUCUGGGAGCAAGAAACGGUGUGGAAAGAUUUCACAGAUAAAGCUUGGGGGGCGGACGGAGAAAAUUGGGAGUUGACCAAGCAAGACAGGGAAGUAGAAGGAGCAGGUGACUUGCGAAGGCUCGUUGAGAGACCUCGAACCCAGUUUCGCGUCUUCAACACUCGUGUCGCUGGACUCGAGGAACUUGCCGAGAGAGUUGAGGCUUCAAUCCUAACCUUGCUUGACCUCAAAUCAAAGCAUGCCAGUAUGGGAGAAGCUCACACAACGACCCUCAUGAGCGCAGCUAUCUUCGGAUUCACUAUCGUCACUGUUGUGUUCACACCACUGUCAUUCGUUAUCGCCUUAUUCGCCCUGCCGAUGAACCGUUUCAGAAGACAUCAAGAGGCCGGGUACAGCACCUACUAUAUUGGCAAAUGGGUUGGUAAGUCAACCGCGCCAGGCAAAUUUCGAGACCAUUAA